AUGACCUUAGGCUCUGGAGGCCAUGGAGCGUCAUCGCGCUCCAACAGCCGCAAUAAUUACCGUGCCGGUAAAUAUAGUACAAGUCGCAUGAAAUUAACUGGUGGCGGAAGUAGUAUAGCUGGAACUGGUGGAUCACAUCCUUUAGGAGGACAUCCACUUAAAUCGGCAGAUCAAUCUAAAAGACAAGAUAUAAAACAUCGUUUUGAAAUAACGAAAAAAUUAGGGUCAGGUACAUAUGGAAAAGUUUCCCUUGCAUAUGAUCAUAAAACAGAAAGAGAUGUAGCUGUUAAAUUGAUUAAAAAAUCAGCCAUUGAAAAUAAGGCUGAUCUUAUUAGAAUAAGAAGAGAAAUAAGAAUUAUGUCAGCUUUACAACAUCCAAAUAUUAUUCAAAUUUAUGAAGUUUUUGAAAAUAAAGAUAAAAUAAUAUUAGUUAUGGAAUAUGCAUGUGGUGGAGAGUUAUAUGAUUAUGUUUCAAAAAAUGGUUCAUUACCAGAACAUGAAGCUAGAAGAAUAUUUCGUCAGAUAACUUCGGCUGUUUUAUAUUGUCAUAAGCAUAAGGUUGCUCAUCGUGAUCUCAAAUUGGAAAAUAUUUUACUAGAUACAGACAAUAAUGCAAAAAUUGCAGAUUUUGGUCUUUCCAAUUACUUUGAUGAUAAAAGAUUAUUAACAACAUUUUGCGGGUCGCCUUUAUAUGCAUCUCCAGAAAUUAUUAAUGGUACUCCUUAUAAAGGACCUGAAGUUGAUUGUUGGUCUUUAGGAAUAUUACUUUAUACAUUAGUAUACGGUUCCAUGCCAUUUGAUGGUAGAGAUUUUAAUAGAAUGGUACGACAAAUAAAAAGAGGUGCAUAUUAUGAACCAGAUACACCAUCUACGGCAUCAAUGUUAAUAAGAAAUAUGCUUAGAGUUAAUCCUGAUAGAAGAGCUGAUAUUGAUGAUAUUGCUAGUCAUUGGUGGUUAAAUCUUGAAGAAAAUAUGCCUGUUAUUCAAGAGUUACCUGAAAAUCAAAUAACAGAUCAUACACCAUUAACAGAAAGAGAAGAAACAAUGGUUGUUCAAGAUUUAGCUGAUGAAACAGAUGUCUUUAUGGAAUUUGGACAUUUAAGUUCUGAAACAAGGAAAAAGAUUGAAGAAUUUAGAAGAAGAAGGAAAGAAGCUGAAGAAUAUAAUGAAAAUAGUCCAAUAAAACCACCAAAAAGUAAAAAAAUUAAUGGUAAUGAAGAACCAGAAAUGACUUCUAAAGAAAAAUCAUUAAGAGACACUGAAACUAAGGAAGAUGAUAAAGCAGAAAAUGAAGUUAAACUUAUUGAAAAUAAUAAUGAAAGAGAACAUAAUAGUCCAACAGUAAAAUUAGAUGAUCUUUUUGAUCCAUUAGAACGUCUUCGUCAACUGGAAAAUCGUCUUAAUACUAAUAGAACAAAUAAUAACAUUGAAAAAAAUACUCGCAAGAAUAGUCGCAGUACUGGUGAAAAAUUACAUGAUGAAGAAGAUAAUAAUUUAUCAAAUAAACAACCACCAGCAUUUACAUCUGUUACCGAAUCAAGAGAACAAAAAAGGCCUGACUCUAAACCUAACUCAUUUGUAAGAAAAAAUUCUAAUUCAAGAACAAGUACUUCAAGAAUAAGAGAAUGGUCUCAUCAAGAAAUUGAUUCACUUAACAUGUUAAUGAAUCAAGUACUUGAACAAAUGGAGAAAGGACCUGUUAGUCUUAAUACAGUUGCUAGAAUUAAAGGACAUCCACACUAUGAUCAACGUCCAAUGGUAAAAGAACUUUUGGAGUCAAUAUUAGCAGCACAACCACCAUCUGUUCAAAAGCAAGCCAGUAAAAUUAUUCAACAACAAAGUAAAGACAUUAUAAGAAAGCAAAUGUCCGGAAAUACAAUGUCAUCAACAUUAAGAAGUAGAGAUAAAAAUAAAGAUAUUUUUAAUGAACAAUCUUCAAGUUUAAACAAAAAAAUCAACAAUGCACCAUUGCCACCAGAAAAAUCAAUGAUCCCUAAUAGACCUAGUACAUUUAAUGAUGAUGAAGAAGAUGACAAACCAUAUUCUAAACCUAUUUCUAAAAAUAAAUCUGAUAAACAUAAACUGGAAUCAGGAAAUCGACCAUGGCAUAGUGUUGAAGUUGGUUUUGAAUCUGAUAAUUCUGAUGAAAAAGAGUCAGAAAAUGAAUCUGAAUGUGAAGUUGAGAAAGGUGUUGAAGAAUCUACUAAAAAGAAAAAUAUUACAAAUAAUGAUAUAACUGAGAUAACUGUUCAAGAUACAUCAUUUGAAGAUGUAACAGAUGAUGAAACACAAGUUUCUGAAGCUACUCUCCAUACAGAAAAGACACCAGAAUCGCGAGUUAAUAAUAUUAUGAAAAUUAAAGAAGAAGGUAGUGAAACAGAUCAUGCAUCAGAAUUAGAAGAUGACUUAGAUGAAGAUUAUGGUGAAGAUGAGGAAGAAGAAUUAGAUAGUGAUAUAGAGGAGUUGGCAGAUGUUGUUGAACAAACUGUUUCUUCUGCUUCAAAUGAAAAAGACAAAGAUAUUCAUAUUACUAUAGAUGCAUCUGAAUUUUUGAAAAAACCAUAUAAUUCUGUACCAAUUACAAAAAUUAACCUUAACUCUUCUCUUGAUAAUCAGAAAAAUGAUAAUUCUUUAUCUAAUAAUAAAUCACUUGAUCAAAGCGGGUUUAAAACACCAGCACAAGAUUCAAAUUAUCUUAAUACAUUUGACCGUGGACUUAUUAAAAGACAAAGUAAAGGAAAAUAUCAACUUAAUCAUAUUGAUUUAUAUGGAAGAGGAGUAUCAACUGAAUCAGAAACACCUUCUAUAUUUCAACAAAAAAAACGAAUUGGAGGCCCACAACCACCUGUUGAACAAUGUCCUAUUUUAUUUGACAAGGUAAGUAUUCAAUGUCCAAAAGAAGAGUAUUCGUCAAAGUAUCCUAUUAAUAUGAAACGAAGAGAGACUGCAAUCUCUUCUGUAAAACAGGAUUUUGGAAACAUUAAGAAAUCUAAUAAAACAAUAAGCAGAACUAAUGAAAUUGUCAAAAAUAAUGCCCCUGCAACUACCUUUACGGCUAAAAAAUAUAUUAUGCAAUAUCCAAAUAAACUUGAAGAUAGUGAUGAUGAAAAAUUAAAUGAGAAAAUAAUAAGAGAAAAAAGACAACAAUCUGCUAAAGUACAAAAUACUCAAAAAAUGGAUAACAAAAGUGGAAACCAAAAUAGAGUAAGUAGUUUACCUCCUCGUAGUCCACCUCCCGUCAAAUCUAAUGAUGGAGAUUCAGAAUAUGAAGAUCAUGAGGGUGAAAAUGACAUUGAUAAAGAAAGAACUGAUAGUGAAAUUGAGGAAGAAGAUGAAGAAACGGAGGAAUUUGAUGACGAAUUUCAUCCAUCAUAUAAACAAGUGUCAAAUGUCAUUGGUUUUAAAACAAAUGAAGGUAGUAACUUUAAAAAUAAUCCAACAAUUCAAAUAAAUAAUCAACCUACAUCAUAUAAAUCACCAACAUUAAAAAAUAAUGCUUCAAUUCAACAGAAAACUUAUACAUCUCAAGCACAAAAUUCUUUAAAAAAUGUGAAUAAAAAUGAUGUGAAUACUAAUAAUGCACGAAAAAAAUAUACAACUAAUGCUUCAUUACAAAAUAAUAAAGAAUGUAAAGACAGUGCUAGUAAGAUAUCAUCGAAAAAUUCAUCAUCAUCACCAACGAGUUUUAAUGAUGAAUAUAAUGGAAUGCAAAAGUGGGAAACUGCGGCUGCUUAUAUACGUAGAAAAAAUCGUGAAAGACGGCAACGUAACCAAACAAUUGCCAUAACUGAAGAAGCUUAUUUACGAGCUAAAGCAAGUUUUGGACAAAGAAGCAAUGAUAAUGAUGAAUCAAAUGAAGAUAGUUUACCAAAUAGUCCAUCUCACAAUAAUACAACUGGAUACAAUUAUGAUGUAAAUAAUGGUAAUGGAGAACAUAAUGUUCGAUAUGGAAUAAGUCAAAUAAAUUUAAAUAAACCAUACUCUUCUGGAUAUAAUUAUCAGUCAUCUUCUGGAUUUCCAAGUUAUACAGGAAAUAGUAGUCCAUAUUCUACCAAAAAAUAUGAUGAUUAUCAUUAUACACAUGGUAAUCCACAUUAUAGUGGUAGUAGUUAUUUACAAAGUCCUCAAUAUGGUGGAUAUAGAGAUCAAUAUAGACAAACAAAUAGAGGUAUUGAUAGAAGAAAAAGUUUUCAUGAAAUGACUCCUGAAAGAGAUUAUAAUGAUGAUCAAUUUGGAAGUAAUUUUGGAUUUGAUAAAUAUAGAUAUAGUCCUAAUGUACCAUAUCAACCAGCUAAUACAAAUCCAAGACAUUAUGAGGAAGAAUUUUCAUCAUCGUCAUCACAUUGGAGUUCUGAUCCAAAACGUUAUCCAUCUUAUCAUAUACCAAAUGAUAGUGAUAUAAAAAGUUAUGGUAGUAAUAAUAUACGUCCAUUUUCUAAUAAUUGGAAUAAUAAUUCUGUAUAUUCUCCAUAUGGAUAUGAUCGUGAUCGUCCUAUUAGUAAUUAUAUGUCAACUGGAGUUGGUGGUUAUCAUCGUUCAACAAGACAUGAAGAUAAUUAUAAUUAUCCAAAAAGAAAUAAUUAUGAUAAUGAUUCAAAACAUGGAUAUGGUUAUUAUGAUUAUAAUAAUUCUUCAACUCCAUAUUCUUUAUAUCCAUCAACAAAUAUUGGUGGAUAUGGUAGUAAAGUUGAUACAGAGGAAAGAUCUUCAACAAAAGAAGGAAUAUUUUCUCGAUUAAGGCCAGUUACAAAAAGAAUUGCAUCCGUAUUAGGAGAUGACAAAACACGACCGCGUUCUCAAUCUAAUGAUCGUAAGUUUUCAGCUUCAGGACGAUCUAUAACUGGUGAUGAACAUAAUGAAAUAAAUCGUCAUCCUACACCAGAAUUAAGUGAUAGAAGUACUGAUUACCCAUAUAUUAAUUAUCAUGAUUCCGCUACUGGUGGUUUACCAAGAAUGGCUAUACCAAAAGAACCUGAUAUAAAUAUGACACCAGGAAGGGGAAUUUUAAAAAAUAAAACUUCUUCUGAUGUUGAAACUAGAAAAGAUUCUAAUACAAGUACAGGUGGAGCUACAUCAGGGGUUAAACAUAUCCUUAGCAGAAUUCGACGAAGAAUAAGCUUUGAUAAAAGUGUCAGUCCUGCACCAACAACUAGAGUUUCAGCACCAAUAACAUAUCAAAAUGCUUUUAUUAGCAACGUUGGAACAUCUUUUGAUGAAGAUCGAAGAAGUCAUAAUUUUGAAGUUUAUGAUGUUGAAACAGCGGCACGUAAGCGUCAACUUAGUAAUAUUAAUAGACGCCGGACAUGUGAUAUUAGAAUGGGUCCUGAUGGAAAAUUUAUAACUAAUACAAGUUAUGGGGGUAUUGAUGAUGAUUAUAAACGACCACGAUCACCAAUUGAAAAAAUUAAAUCAUUCUUUAGAAAAACAUCAAAAGAAAGUUCUGUUGGUGGGAAUAAUAUUUCUUCUGGUGUUACUGGAAAAACAACACCAUAUGAUUAUUCAAGUGGAUAUUCUAGACAUGAUGGUAAUAGUUCUAUUGGUUCUGCUGCAUCAUCAAGAUAUACUAGUGGGACUGAUAAAAUUUUUGGAUCAUUUCCCACAUCAUCAAAUUCUUCGAGAUUAACAAGUAAUCAUGGUAGUUCACAAUAUAAUAAUCAAGGAAAUAAAUAUACACCAGUAAUGAGUUCAUCACCUUAUACUACAGGUGGUCCAUCUUCACGUUACACACCAUCAACAAGAAAUUGGCAUGACGACUCUCAUCAUUAUUAA